AUGGACAGCAAUGUUUGUCAAGUUUAUGAAGAUGAAAUCCAUUCACUGGAAGAGGAAAUUAAACUAUUGGCUGAAAAGUAUGAAGAUAGCCAACAGGAAUCCACCUUUUUUUCUGAUGAGGAGAUAUUAAUGUCAAUAAAAUCAUUCCAAAGAGAACUUCGGGGAGAAUCUGAGGGAUAUGAAUCUCCAUCAGACCUGAAAGCUCACCUUGAAACUCUAGAAACAGAUCUCUCAUUUUUAAUGAAAUUUACUGGUAUUCAGUUCACAAGUCAUUCCAAGAAAACACUGGAAAAAACUAGAAACAGAACAGUGAGGAAGCACAGAUUAUCAGGGAAUUGCCACUCCCUGUCUUUUCAAUUGGAAUUCCAGCUUCUUGAAAUGCAGAGCAAAGCAAAUGUGUCUGCUGUUAUUACGGAUCUCAGCAUUAUAAUGGAGCCUGGAGGAGAUUCAGAUUUGUCCAAAUUUGUGUCAAGUGCUGAAGAACGUGGAAGUCUUUUAACAUUUUUCAGAAGCCUUUCGUCUUAUGCUGAGUGGUAUGAGCAUCGUAGAUGCACCUUCCUACAUUUCAAGGUAAUUAUCCAGACUGUUAAGUAG